AAGACUCCGAGUGAAAGUUUGAAUGCCAUUAGUGCGCGCGGCAUGGCCAAAGGAGGACGGAGUGAGUAUGUGUGUAACUCCGGUUUGCUUCAGAGCAAACGGUACGCUCAGGCUGAGCCGGAACUUGUCAGUAAGCAGAAUCACACUAAUCAACUUUCACUAUGCAGCAAGAUCUGCUAUGCAAUUGGAGGUGCCCCAUAUCAGAUUACAGGAUGUGCGCUAGGAUUUUUUUUGCAAAUUUAUUUGCUUGAUGUGGCACAGAUCAGCCCUUCAUAUGCUUCAGUUAUCUUAUUUGCGGGCCGUGCCUGGGAUGCUAUCACUGAUCCUACUGUUGGCUUCCUUGUCAGUGUGAGCCCAUGGACUCGUUUUGGACAAAUGAUGCCAUGGAUUGUACUUUCUGCCCCAUUUGCAGUAGCAUCUUAUAUCCUUAUUUGGUAUGUGCCCACUUUUGAAAAUGGUAAACUGGCUUGGUACCUCAUCUUCUACUGCUUGUUCCAGUCCUUAAUGACAUGUUACCAUGUUCCCUACUCUGCACUUACCAUGUUUAUCAGCACAAAACAGAGCGAAAGAGACUCUGCCACUGCAUACCGAAUGACAGUGGAGGUGCUGGGCACAGUGCUGGGAACAGCAAUCCAGGGUCAAAUAGUGGGAAGUGCCAAUGCUCCUUGCAACUCAAGUUAUUUGGAUCACAACUCUGUAAAUUCCAGUACCACUUCUCAGAAUGGAAAUGAUACCCAUCAUCAGGUUUCCGUGGAAGAUACGAGAAAAGCCUACUUAAUUGCUGCUGGUGUAAUUGGUUCCAUCUACAUUUUGUGUGCUUCUGUACUCUUUUUUGGUGUAAAGGAAAAGAAAGACUCUAAUGCUGGCAAGCUUGACAAACCUGUUACCUUUAGUCAGGGCUUGCGCCUAGUGAUGAGGCAUGGACCUUAUGUUAAACUAGUUAUUGGCUUCCUCUUCACAUCAUUAGCAUUCAUGCUUCUUGAAGGAAAUUUUGCCCUCUUUUGUACAUAUACUUUGGGCUUAAGGGAUGACUUCCAGAACAUUCUGUUAGUUAUCAUGCUUUCAGCCACAUUGACUAUCCCAUUUUGGCAGUGGUUUCUCACAAAGUUUGGGAAAAAAACAGCAGUGUACAUUGGCACCUCGUGGGUGGUACCCUUCAUGAUACUCAUUGUCUGCCUGAAAAGCAAUCUUAUCCUUGCUUACUUAGUCUCUGUUGCUGCUGGGAUUAGUGUAGCUGCUGCCUUCUUUCUUCCUUGGUCCAUGCUUCCUGAUGUGCUUGAUGAUUUUAAAGUAAAAAAUCCAACAUCCCAAGGCCACGAGGCAAUAUUUUAUUCCUUCUAUGUCUUCUUCACUAAAUUUGCAUCUGGCAUUUCACUGGGGAUCUCCACACUCAGUUUGCACUUUGCUGGAUAUAAAACCAGAGUGUGCAACCAAGCUGAUGCAGUGAAUUUAACCCUCAAGAUUCUUGUAUGUCCAGCACCUAUUGUAUUGAUUAUCAUGGGCCUCCUCAUCUUCAAGCUCUACCCAAUCAAUGAGAAGGCUCGUCAACUAAACAAAAUGAAGCUAGAAUUUCUAAGAGACGACAUAGCUCAACUGGAUACUGACUCCAGCUUAGUAUAAAAGAAGAGUUUAUGAUGACUUUUCUUGCCUGCCUAAACCAAAGAAAACUGAAACAAGUGCAGCUUUGAAGACAAGAAUCCAGUAUAUACAGUAAUCACCAGAGUUCUUUGAAAAAGGGAUGGAAUGGCUUCAUGUUUGAAAAUAACACUAAUUGGAUCUUGUGGUUUCAAAAAGAUUUGAAUUUUUCUGAAGUCUUUUUGUAAGGUUCCAUCAAUACUACUGAGAAAACCUGAAUGGUAUACAUAUAAUUGCCGUAAUUAUGCACUUUAACAUAUUUAUGAACAAGGCUACAUAAUGUUAUAAAUUGCAGGAAAAAAAACCCUAAAAUUAUGGAUGGCCAAAUUUCAUUUUGGUAGAUAGUCUCUCUCCUUCUGACAUAUAGAGAAUUCACAAUCUCUGCAACGCACUUACUGCGGAAGGACAUUAAAUUACUAGUGCACACAUUAGUCAGAGUUGUCUGCCUCUUUAUCAGGUAUUACAACUCUGGCAUAUUUGGUUCUCAUUGAGGUGCUCUUUAAACCUGCAUUCAUGAACAUGCUGAUCAUGCUUUUUCCUAAGCAUUUACAAAGGUGUACUUUUUUGUUUGCUGAAUACUACAUUAGUUUGUGCAUCAUUUACCUUUUUAAGUAAGUUUUUUUCACAUUUAAGAGUAAAUCAUGUUAUUUACACUUUGAGAUGAAAUCUUAGAGGAUAAGAAAAUUAUGAAUUUCAGAUAAAACACCCAUUGCAUACCUUUUAGUGGCAGUUAUGGUAAGUCAGGAAAUGCAGAGAGACUCUUCUAGAGUGAUCCCAGAAUUGGGACAUGUCAGACUAAGACACACCAGCCUAAUUUGGCCUGCAUGUCACUUAGUCUUUGCCUGUUUGAUCCCUCAUUUUCUUUUCUGUCUGCUCUUCAAGAAGUAAUUUAUUUUCUUGAAUGACUUAUUUACCAUGUUGUAAACUGUUUUUGAAAACCUUUGUCAAAUAAGUCUUUUCUGAAAUGAUGGAACUUUACUACUGCAUAUUUUCCUUCCAUGUUACUGAGACCAAAUACAAACUGGACUAGGAAGCAGUACUGUAUGAAGUUCAAAACUCUAGACAAAACCAUGUUUCUGACCCAAGGCUAUGUCAUCCUGACUGAUCUUGUUGUCUUAUUUUUGUAUGGUGUACUUUACUGAGAAUUUUAGCUGAUGUUUUGCAGAUCAGAACCUAAACAGUGCAUAUUUUGUCAUACAAAUCCUUUGAGCUAAGCUUUAAUUUAAAUAUUAAAGUUGAGUUUAUAGGUCUGAAGUAUUGCUUUCCAUAAAACAUUAAAUUGCGUCUCAUUUUUGUGGUGCCACUUCUUCUAAUCCAGGAAAUCUACCGUAUGGUGCUGCUGUAUAGCUAAUGCUAUAUCUUGUAUUUUACAAGGUAAUUGUACAGGAAUUAUUUUGUAUAUAGGAACUAUAGAUGUAGUGUGUGAUAAGAGAAUGAGCUGUUAGUAUUGUAAUUUAAAAAACUGUAAUAUUGUUGAGAUUGUUUACAUGUACAUACUAAACUGUUUAACUUAUAUUCAGCAUUCAUUUAUAUGUACAGAACUCUAGUGUUUAAAUUGAUUUGUGUUUAGGUGAUUAAAAAAGCUGGAACAGGG